UCUUGUAUAGACAAAUCUCGUUUUCGUUUACUAUUAAAAAUGGCCGACCAAAAUGGCUGGGAUGCCCGAACGAGCUACAACAUUUCCCCGCAGGAAAUUCAAGCCCGACAAAAAAGAACAGAAAUGCGAGCAGAAAGAAAAGCAGAAUUCAUGAUGAAAAAGACAAAUCCGUUCGGACCUUCUAACACUUCCUUGUAUAAUCCUGCUUGGGAAAGAUACAUGCAACAAAGAGCAAGUUUAAACCGUUUCGACAGGUUUUAUAAUUCUCGAAGGUCCUUUUUCCCAUAUUUUCUGAUUUGGAACAUCAUACCAUUGGUUGGAUUAACAUAUUGGUAUACCAUAUCAAUUAAAAAGGCUGAUGAACAAUGUAGAGAAGGAUUACCUUACCAUGCCAGAAAUAUGAAAUAUUCGUACUAAGGCAUCUAGAAGAAAAUCUUGGGGAUUGACUUAAUGUGCGCAAUCUAGCCUUAAGCUUGAGAAUGAACAAUUGCAGAGUUCAGUUGAAUAUGACAUUAGAAAUAACUCCAUAUUGAUGCCGUUUUCUUUGCACCUCAUUUUAUUAUUUUUAUUAUUUUUUAUGUAUUUAUUUAUUUAUUUUGCCAUACACAGAUAUUGUGACCUAUAUGUAUAAAUUAAAUAGUUCAAAUAAAAAUUAAAAAGAGAUACUUGGCUUCAUUUGGAGGACUAUAA